UGCCACAGCAUUUCGCACCGUUAACAACAAUGGGCUCCUGUUUCGGGCGUUGUAUGGCAAAGGAUGCACUUGGCGGCGGCAGCGGCAGCUCGACCAGCACCACCACCGCAACAUCCUGUUUGUGGCGUCAACAACAUGCAACAGAUGAACAAGAAGCGGAACUCGUAUCGAAUGCGAGCGACAAAUGCCCGAGAGAGAAUUUCAUAUAUCGAAUUAUAAAGUUUAAAACGAAGCAAAAACGGCCACAGUUUAUCGACAAAUUCUGGGAACAGCAAGACAUGCAAUACACAAAGCUAUCCAGUAGAAAUGGAACUCAGAG